CCUCCUUCCCAUCUCUAAGUGCAUGUGCAGACAGCAGGAGUGGAGAGAUGUGACUUUCACACUUUCCCUUGCCUUGUGUGUGCUCUCCCCGUCAUCUUUGCAAAUUGACAUGGUGGAUUUGUAAAUUAAAACCAAGACAAGUGCCAGGGUUGCGAGUGAGUCCAACAUGGGAUUACGCAUUGGCACGCCGCUUUACGCAUUGGUGUGCGUCUAUUUAUUUGUCGUGACCCUCCGAGGUGCGCGUUGCCAGAGGCACCCGGCGCCCCCCCAAGGGAAUAAACCUGAAGCCGCUCCCAGGCAGACACUUCAGUGGUCUCACAAUGGUAAAAUCUUUAGCAUUUUAAGCCACGGCUCCGAGUACCAGCCGGCCAGGCGUCGCGGCGCGCCGCAGGAGCAAGUGCAGAGACCGAUCACCAUCCUCAGCGAUGCCAAACAGCGGGCGUCGGACACUCCGCAGCAGCCCCCCGCCGCCCAGCCGGACUCUGAGGCGCUCCCGCCCGCGCUCCAGCGGCUGGUAAGAGGCAGGGAACAUCGCCGGGUCCAAGCCCGGGUCCCGGACCAACCGAGCGAGCAGAACAACGGCACCCAACCCAAAGUGACCGUGAGCCCACCUCAGCCCAAGAGGGAAGACAUGAUGGUCGCCGACGACCCCUACGACCCGUCCAAGUCCUACGAUAUGGACCCCUACAACCCCUAUUACAAUCACUAUGACGUGUACGAGAGGCCCAGGUCCCGAUCAUCCAGACCGGGAUAUGGCACAAGGUACCAUCAGCACGGUCUUCCGGACCUGGUGCUGGACCCAUACUACAUUCAGACUGGUGCUUAUGUGCAGAGCACCCCCAUGUACAACCUCAGAUGCGCAGCUGAGGAGAACUGUUUGUCAAGCUCGGCGUACUCGGCCAGAGACUAUGACUCCCGAAUGCUGCUACGCUUCACCCAGAGGGUCAAGAACCAGGGCACGGCUGACUUCCGGCCCAGCAGGCCGCGCUACGCCUGGGAAUGGCACAGCUGUCACCAGCACUUCCACAGCAUGGACGAGUUCAGUCGCUACGAGCUGCUGGAAUCCAGUACGCAGCAGUCGGUUGCCGAAGGCCACAAAGUCAGCUUCUGCCUGGAGGACACGUCAUGCGAUUACGGUUACCACAGGCGCUACGCUUGUACCUCACAUACUCAGGGUUUGAGUCCAGGAUGUUACGACGUCUACAAUGCAGACAUCGACUGCCAGUGGAUUGACAUCACUGAUGUAAAACCGGGGAAUUACAUCCUCAAGGUCAGCGUGAAUCCUUUCUACCAGGUGCCAGAGGAAGAUUACACCAACAACAUUGUGCGUUGUGAAGUCCGCUACACAGGCAAUUAUGCCUACUUGUCCGGUUGUCACAUGUCAACGUAUUAAUGAAGAAGAAUCGUUCACAGCAUCUGAAGUGUGAAGAUGACUGCAUUUGAGCGUAUUUACAACACAAGGAGUUAUUUUUAAACUUAGUUUAAAAUGUCGGAAUACUCACGGUUUAUAUGGUUUAGACAUAAAUGGAUUUUUUUUUUAAUUGCAUGCCAUGUCCCUUCAAUAGUGACUUUCUGAACAUUUUCUGCUUUUUGCCUCUUUCUGGCUCUUUAUAUUCAAUUUUUUAUUUUUGAAUGUUGUCUUCUUUCCCAUGAAGUAUUGUAAGUAAUAACAACACAUCUUUAAAAUGUUAAUUGGUAUUCAAUAACAUGGUUUAUUCUAAAUCACAAACCAAAUUUAUCCUUUUUUUAAUAACAAAAUGUGUUCAGUACUAAUCUUAUUUGAAUAAAAGUGUGUGAUACUGUA